AUGCGCUUCGCUACUCCCAUCGCCCUUUUCGCUGCUCUUGCCGUUGCGCAGGACUCCACCACGACCGAAAAGGUCACCUCUACCACCAAGCAGGUCGUCACCGUCACCCAGUGCCAUUCCACCUUUACCGACUGCCCUCUGAGCGGCAGCAGCAGCAGCAGCGGCGGCAGCUCUGCCGUCGCAACCUCGUCUGCCGUUGCCACCUCUUCUGCUGUCGCCUCUUCUUCUUCUUCACCUUCUGCCGCCUCUUCCUCUGCGGUCGCCUCCCCCUCUAGCACCAAGCCCGCGGCCAACACCACCGCUGUCCAGCCUACUGGCGUCGUCCCCUCGAGCACCACCGGCGCCACCGUUGUCCCUACCGCUGCUGCUGCCCGUCUUCAGUCCGGCGCCAUGGCCAUUGCCGCUGCCGCCGUCGUUGCCCUGGCCUUUUAA